ACCGGCGCCCUCCCGUCAGACCACCCGUCCCUCCUCCGCCCGGAGAAAGCUCCUCUCUCUCUCCGCUGCUCAAGUUCACAAACCCGCUGGCUUUGUACGGAGAGUUCAAAUGGGCUGUACCGCUGUUCGAGGCUUAAUACAGUACCGUCCUGUACCGUUUACUUACUUUGGAUUGUUAGACUUCUGCUAAAGUUAAAAUCUUUUCCUUUAAACGUUGAACUUUAAAACUUUUUGAACAUUUCGCCUUUUGUUUCCUCUUCAUCAUCCAGACAGAUAGUUGUUGACGGCGCGGUCCAACCAAGAUGGACUCGGGUUGUCUGCCCUUUUGGAGACUAGAUAACGGCGUCCCUCAUUAAACUAGAUGUAGAUUUGAUCUAAUUAUCCGCUGUAAACGUGCUCUUUGUCAACUGGAUGUAACUGGACUGGGUCUUUUCCACCCCAGAGGUCGCGUCCUAUAAUGAACAUUUUUCCACCGAAGUUUCGGUGAACUUUACCCCACGACUCGCCAUGUCGGGAGUGGUCCGCACCCUGAGCCGCUGCCUGCUCCCGGCUGAGGCCAGCCGUGACCCGGGCAGCAGCAAGGAGAGGAGCCGGGAGAGGGACGCGGCGCAGGAGCGGGAAGCUCGGAGACGGAGCCGGGAGAUAGACGCCAUGCUCGCCAGGGAGAGGAGAGCUGUCCGCCGGCGGGUGAAGAUCCUCCUGCUCGGGGCCGGAGAGAGCGGAAAGUCCACAUUCCUCAAACAGAUGCGCAUCAUUAACGGGCAGGAGUUUGAUAAAAAAGCACUUCUGGAUUUCCGGGACACCAUCUAUGAGAAUAUCCUGAAGGGUAUGCGUGUGCUAGUGGAUGCACGGGACAAACUGGGCAUCAGCUGGCAGAGCUGUGAGAACGAGAAGCAGGGCAUGCUGGUGAUGUCGUGGGAGGGGCGAGUGGGCGGCUCGGGGGUCGAGCCGAGUGAGUUUCAGCUGUACGUGAUGGCACUGAACGCACUGUGGGCAGACACGGGCAUACAGGAGGCGUACACAAGACGCUCCGAGUUCCAACUGAGUGAGUCAGUGAAGUACUUCCUGGAUAACUUGGAUCUUAUUGGUCAACCGAACUAUAUUCCAAGCAAGCAGGACAUUCUGUUUGCAAGAAAAGCCACUAAAGGCAUCGUCGAGCACGACUUUGUCAUCAAGAAGAUUCCUUUCAAGAUGGUGGACGUCGGAGGUCAGAGAUCGCAGAGGCAGAAGUGGUUCCAGUGUUUUGACGGGAUCACGUCGAUACUCUUCAUGGUUUCAUCGUCCGAGUACGAUCAGGUCUUGAUGGAGAAUCGGGCGACAAACCGAUUGGUGGAGAGCAUGAACAUCUUUGAAGCGAUUGUCAACAACAGGCUCUUCCUUCACGUCUCCAUCAUCCUCUUCCUCAACAAAACAGACCUGCUGGUGGAAAAGAUCCGCACGGUGGAUAUCCGCAAGAACUUCCCCGAGUUCAGAGGAGACCCCCGCAGGCUAGAGGACGUACAGGCGUUCUUGGUGCAGUCGUUCAGCAGUAAGAGGAGAAACCGGGGGAAGCCACUGUUCCACCACUUCACCACCGCCAUAGACACAGAAAAUAUCCGUUUUGUCUUCCAUGCCGUCAAGGACACCAUCCUGCAGGAAAACCUCAAAGAUAUCAUGCUGCAGUGACCUUCACUCUGCAAACAUCAUUGAAACUGUGAAAAGAUGCCAUGAAUGCAGGCCCAGAGGACUACAGAUCAGGCCUGCUUUCAUCUGACACUACAGCCCAUGAGAGCAUGUUAACACUGACCUGUGGAUUUAACAAAACUCUGAACCUCUGGAAACUGUGAGGGUCACUGUGGACGAGACCCUCCAUCUAACCUGUAUAAAUGUGUGUGUGUGUGUGUGUGUGUGUGUGUGUGUGUGUGUGUGUGUGUGUGUGCUGAAAAGACAGUUACCUUUCUUCUUUUAGCUCUCAAGUAUGUUUUCCUUCAUACACAAGUUAGAAAAUGCUUUUAAAAAAAAAAGGAGAGAAAAGCACCGACAACACACAACCUUAGCACUGAAAGUGUGUUUUUUCUCAAAUGUAUAUAGUUUUUUUUUUUUAAAUGACAACCGUGUCACUAAACAAAGUCAGACUGCUGCCGGUUAAAGCUCAAACUGCGUAAAGAGAAACAGGGAAGACAGAAAAAGGCCAAAAAAAAAAAAGGGCAGUUUAGAGCGAGUAGAAGAAGAAUGCCUUAUCUUGAUGUACACGUGAUGGAGGAGAGGGCUGAGGGUUUGGGCUCAGACUGGUCAUAUGCUGUGUUAUGUGAUAAGGUUGCACAAGUGUUCCUGUCAGUGGACUUUAACAGAGGAAAGAGAUGAAUCCCUCUUUUGGUUCACUGUGUUCCUUCUUCUAUCUUUACCUCUCCUCCUCUGCCGUCAUACAAGAGAUGAGCAGCUGCAGAUAACAAGUCUUUAUCCUACUUCUGUACUCUUCUGUCUUCUGUCGGGCACAAUAGACAGAUUAUUGGUCUCCUUCUUCUAAAGCAGAAACAGUCGACUCUGUAUUAAGAGGCUCUAGUUGAAACAGGUUAGCGCUGUGCUUUGAAGAUUAGUGAUUCAAAAAAUAUAUACAUACAAAUGAUGCGCUUUUUAUCUGCAUUUCCUUAACAAAUGUCUUUAACAGAGCCAGUUUACACUUGCAUAGGGGGGUGUAGCAGCUAAAGUGUCUGAUAGUAGCCCCAGGAGUUGGUUGAGAUCAUUAGUUGAUUGGUGUUUGAAAGCCAUUAUGGGUAAAGAGAAAAAAAAGGACAGAAACGCAAAAUCGGAGCUGAAAAAAUGAGAAAACAAAUAAUAAGCACUAUUCUUCAUUCAUUAUGUUUUUUUCCCCCAUACACCCACCCUCCCUAUUUAUUGUUUUUUUUUUCUGUACCAAUAAUGGCACUACCAUGUAAUACAGACACAUUGACCUCUAAAUAGGAGCUGUUCACUUUCUCUUUCUCUUAUGAGCUUAUCUAAUGGCAUAAACGUAAUGCAUUAAACGAGCAGACGUGGUAAAGAUUGUGGAUUUGUUGUUUCCAGCUGACAUCAGAGGUAAUGUGUGUACUAGUAACCUAGUAACUAUGUACAAGGCAUAUGUUAGUAUUGUAUUCACAGUUUGUUGCUCCAAGGUGGCUAAAGUCACUUGAAUAAGGUUUUAAUUUGAUCAAUAGAUUAUUCAUAACUGAUGGUCCUUUGUAAAAAAAAAACAAAAAAAAAAACAUAACCACUAGUUGCAGCUAUAUUAUAUCCUGGCACUGAUUUCUGAUGGUGCUUAAAUUGUUGACUAGAUCUUUUUUUUUCUGAGAUGACCAGUUUAGUCCAUAUCCUCCCCCCUUUUCCUCAAUUCACCUCCUUCAGAUGUUUUAAACGCAAAUGUUGAUUUCUUAUUCCCAACAUUUCACGAUGUACAUUCUGGUACGUAGCACAGGACACAGCUGGGCCACUCCCCCCACCCCACCCCCACCCCCACCCUGAAGAUCCCCUCGAGGGGUUUGAGGCUAAUCAUAAGCACUUCCACACUCCUUUUUAUUCUUACUGUAUAAACUGUGUCAUUUGUAAGUAUUUGUGUGUGUUUUGCAUUGUAACUAAAGUCCUUUCUGUUCAUGUUUAUACAUAUUGUACAUAGAAUACUGUAAGUAUGUGACUGUCACUGUGUGUAAUGUGGUAACCUUACAAUACAAAACCACUCUGUCUAACAGUACCACUGUAACCGUAAAAUUGCUGUAAAAUUUGUCGUAAAACUAACCUACCUUUCCCACUCACACAAGUUGUUUUGUAAGUUCAUUGCACUGGAGAGAAGACAACCAGAAUAGGACAAAAUCUGGAGAACAAAGUUAAAGAAACCAACAGGCAGCAGGCUUUAAUGGUUGAGCAGAAUGGAGUCAGAAGAUGAAAAGAGGGGAGGUCUUCUGCUGUAUUUUUUUUUUUUUGUUUGUUUCCCAGUGCCUUGGCUCUGUGCUCUGUGGUGAAAUACACUGCCGUUUGCUGA